AUGGGCGAGCAUGAGUUCGAGGUGGAAGGCCUCUAUUUCCACCAUGAAUGGGGCGGCCACGAUAAGUAUCUCGCGCUCAAGCGCACCCAGGCGGCGGGCCAGCCAGUCGAGUUGCUCGGGCGCGCCGCUGGCGAUUUCGUCGCCAGUGUCUUCGGGACAGUGGUCAUUCUGGAAGUUGGCGCUGAGCAUGAGUUCAUCGACGUGACCGGCGUCGGCCGCCGUGUCGGGUUUUCGGUGAAACUCGGAGCGUUCGGCGAGGAUAUGCCCGGAGGUCUGUUCUGA